AUGGCGACGGCAGGAGAGGCCAAAUACCCGGCAGAGUCGCCGCCAGCGACACCAGCACCGGCAUCAGCAACCGCCGCGGACGACGAGAAGCAGCCGGCGGCCAUGGCUGCCGACAGCAAGGGAGCCGACGCAGAGGCACCGCAGGCCGGAGUGCAGCAGGUCGAGGCCAUCGCGACGGUCUGGUCGAUGACCUCGCUCGUCCUGACGUACGCCUUCAUCUGGAUCGUCUACUUUAUCAUGCAGAUGGAGAUGGGCGUCGUCGCGGCGCUGACCCCCUUCGUCACCUCUGCCUUACAGCACCACUCGCUCACGCCGACGGUGGGCAUCCUCAGCAGCGUCAUCGGCGGCGUAUGCAACCUGACAGUCGCAAAGAUCCUCGAUGUCUUCGGGCGGCCGCAGGGGUACGGCAUGUCGCUGGCCAUUGCAACCGCCGGCCUCGUCAUGAUGGCGGCCACCGCCAACGUCGAGACCUAUGCCGCCGCGCAGGUGUUUUGGACCGUCGGCAGUAACGCCUUGCUUUACAGCAUUAAUAUCUUCGUCGCCGAUACGACCAGCAUGCGGAACCGUGGCCUGAUGACCGCCCUUGCCGCCUCGCCCAACAUCAUCACCAUCUGGCUGAGCGGGCCCAUCUCAGAGGGCUUCCUGAAAGGGCCCGGCUGGCCCUGGUGCUUCGGAGCCUUCUCGAUCAUCGUGCCCGUUCUCUGUCUGCCGCUUCUGGGCGUCGUCUUGCACAACUACUUCAAGGCAAAGCGCCAGGGCGUCAUCGCCUCGUCCACCAGCCGCAGGAACCCCUGGCAGUCCUUCCUCUACUACUGCCGUGAGUUCGAUGCCAUCGGCCUUCUGCUCCUCACGGCCGGACUCACGCUCUUUCUGCUGCCCUUCAAUUUGUAUGCUCUGCAGCCGCUGGGCUGGCGCUCGCCCUUGGUCAUCUGUCUGCUCGUCUUUGGCCUGGCGCUGAUGGUUCUCUUCGCGCUGUGGGAGAGGUACUUUGCUCCGGUCAAUUUCAUCCCCUUUUCCCUGCUGCUUGAUCGCAACCUGGUCGGCGCAUGUCUGCUGGGGACAGUCCUCUUCAUCAGCUUCUUCUGCUGGAAUAGCUUCUUCAGCUCCUUUCUCCAGGUCGUCAACGGUCUCAGCGUCACCAACGCCAGCUACGUAGUCCAGAUCUAUAGUCUCGGCAACACAAUUGCUGGAAUUGCUGCGGGUGUUGUGAUCCGCUAUACUGGCCGCUACAAGGCGAUCACACUCUACGGCGCCAUCCCAAUAUACACCCUCUUCAUGGGCCUGAUGAUCUACUUCCGUGACCCACAGGCUAAUAUCGGUUAUAUCGUCAUGUGUCAGAUCUUCAUCGCCUUUGCCGGCGGAGUCCUCAUCAUCACCCCUCAGAUCGCCGCCAUGUCUGCCGGAAACCACCAGCAGAUCGCCGCCAUCCUUGCAAUCUUAUCUAUGUUCUCGGCCAUCGGCGGAGCUAUCGGUCUUACAGUUGCCGGCGCAAUCUGGCAGUCCGUCUUUCCAGCCAAACUCCUCGAAUACCUCCCCGUCGAGGAACAGGCCAAUCUUCUUGAAAUCUUCGGCAAGCUGGAAGUCCAGCUCAGCUACCCCAUCGGCUCCCCGGCUAGAAUCGCCAUCCAACGCGCCUAUGCAAGCGCGCAAACGAGUAUGCUCACAGCCGGUACCGCCAUAUGGGCUGUUGGAUUUGCUGCCGCCGCUAUUUGGCGAAACGUCGAUGUGAAGCAGAUAAAACAGGUCAAGGGACAGGUUAUUUAG